GCGGCCGCCGGGGUGGGUGGGAGCGGGAGGUGGCUGCCGGCGCUGCCCAGCCACGGGUGCCUCCGGGAGGGCGCUGAGAGCGCGGUCCCGGCGACUCCGGCAGUAGCGCGGCGCCCCGCUCUGGCAUGAGCCCCCCCCCGCGCCGGGAGGAGUGCUCCCCGGGCACCGCCGCCUACCCUGGCCGGGGAUCCGGGUCGGGAAGAACGGGCUGUCGCUGACUGACGCGGCGGAGCCACUGCGCUCAGCAACGCCAGACGCAGAAGGGCUCGGGACGCAGGUCUAGCACGCUGGAAGCAUGGCUACAAGUGCCGUUCCUAGCGAAAACCUCCCCACAUACAAGCUGGUGGUAGUUGGAGAUGGUGGCGUGGGCAAGAGUGCUCUCACCAUUCAGUUUUUCCAGAAGAUUUUUGUGCCGGAUUAUGACCCAACUAUUGAAGACUCCUACCUGAAGCACACGGAAAUAGACGGGCAAUGGGCAAUUCUUGAUGUUCUGGAUACUGCAGGCCAAGAGGAGUUCAGCGCAAUGCGAGAGCAGUACAUGAGGACUGGAGAUGGUUUUCUUAUAGUCUACUCAGUGACGGACAAGGCCAGCUUCGAGCAUGUGGACCGGUUCCACCAGCUGAUCCUCAGAGUCAAGGACAGAGAGUCCUUUCCAAUGAUUUUGGUGGCGAACAAAGUUGAUCUAAUGCAUUUGCGGAAAAUUACAAGAGAACAGGGAAGAGAAAUGGCAACAAAACAUAAUAUUCCCUAUAUAGAAACUAGUGCCAAGGACCCACCUCUAAACGUUGACAAGGCCUUCCACGACCUCGUAAGGGUAAUAAGGCAACAGAUCCCAGAGAAAAGCCAGAAGAAGAAGAAAAAGACCAAAUGGCGAGGGGACAGAGCCACGGGCUCCCACAGACUCCAGUGCGUGAUUUUGUGACGGGACCGCCUGGGAGUGCCUUGGAUGCCUCCCUCCUCCCCCCGGCCCCACCACCAACCCAGGCAAGGAGCAGCAGCGUGAUGCCCACAUGUACCCCCCGGGCUCCCCACAGAGGCUUGGACUUGGAGGAGGUGGCUCGAUGGGAUCUGGGCCCCCACGGAGGGGGCUGUGCAUCGGGGCUGGCGUGGGAGCCGUGCGAAUGGGAGGCGAAAGGGAUCAGCAGGACCUUGACUCUCGAACAUUCCCAGCGCCUUCCAGGGGCCUCCAUGGUGUUUAUUUAAAAAAAGAAAAAAAGGGGAAAAAAAAAAAAAGGAAGAAGGAGAAAAAAAAAGAAAAAGAAGUGUUGGUUUUAUCUGCAAACAUUUCUCCUUGUGACCCAUUUCUGAACAGCCAUGAAUAGCCCCCCUGUUUGGUACAGUCAUCUGUGUAUGUGUGGGGGAAGGGAAAGGGCUUUUCUUUCUCUAAUUUUUUUUCGUGCUCUUCUCCUUUUUUGCUGUUUGCUCAGAGAGUGUUUGGUUGCAAAGAAACACGGCCGGGGUUAGAUUUUUUGCACUGAAUUCUCUUUUAGGCAGCAGUGCCAAAAUACAACUUCAUAUGAAAGUGCAUAGAUUUGGAGGAAGAAAAUUAAUUCCAGCUGCUCUGUGUGCUCCAGACAUUGUGUCAGACUCUGGAGGGCAGCCAGCUCACAGACCGUAAACUCCAGCUUAGGAAAGGAGGUUUGGGCUUGGAUUAUAUUUUUCUUCUUACCCUUUGUCAAGAGAUUUUGUUUCUGUUUUGUAAUUUGGGGCAUGUCAAAGUUAAGACAUUUUGCUAACCUGGAAGUAUUUAAAUUAAAGUAAUUUACAAAUGGAA